GACAAGAGCGGAGCGGGGGGAGGAAGGAUUGUGGCGGGACUUGGGGUGCACGAGGGGCACUUGCGGACGUGCAACUGCCGAUGAUGGCUUGAGGCCCGACCCGACUGUGCUAAGUUCGAACAAAAUUCAUAAUAUAAUUGUUCGAACGAGAAUGCGCGAAGGCGUGAUCCGUGAAGGAAGAUGUACACGGAUUUCGAUUGCCUCUGGUCGGCCAAUCGACCCAGUGCGGCAGCUUCUGAUGCUCCCAGCCCAAAGAUCUGCGCGAACGCGCUCAAGAUUUUCCGCUGAAGUUGCCAUCCGCUGCUGACAAUUUCCUCCUCUUCUCUUCCUUCUCCCAGUGGCCAAGGCCAGUGCGGGAUUCAUGCGGUGUUCUGACAUCACCUGUCGGCGUGAUCGAUCGACUAUUGGCGUGAAGGAAAUUCUGAAUCUACCGCAGAUGCUGCAGCUGCCAAAAUUGGUCGCGGAUUUUGCUGCUGUACAACGAAGGCGGAACUUUCUCGCGAGGGCGAAUUUGGCUUACGCCUCACGCCGCUCGCGGGAGUGACCACCGCAGGAGGCAUUCGGAGACCAUGGUGUCAACCGGGUCAGGCUUCAGCCCGGAAGUCAGUCUUUUAGCCAGGCAUUGAGCCUGGCCUGGAAGCUGCGGGUGGAGUAGGUAUCAUUCGAAGGGGCCGAAGGAAAUUCCGCUGCUUAAAUGCUCGGCCUCCGGUGGAAUGGUUCAGUAUCGAGAAGGAGAUGUGUAGAGCAGAGUGUCAGCCCUCUGAGCAACGAUUUUCCAGGUUGCAGAGGACGCUUCGUCCGGGGAGAGUGAGAGUCAGGUCGGAGAUAGAUCAGCGAUUGUGACUGGCAAGGUAGCCCUGGCACAAGAAGAAGAAGGCGGGAGGAAUAUUGGUUCGAAGGGAAGCCGAGGGGCAUGUGCAGAUUGGUCCAUAACAUUAGAUGGACAAUUCAGUAGCUUCGGUUGAUCACGAUGUGUGGGUAGUACUGAAGGUCGGACGAGGGAAGGUAGACAAGGAGAGCAUCGAGCAGGGCAGGGAUUAUCAGAUGGGAGUUCCGGAGGUGACAGAAGUUGCGGAUCCCCCGAGUCUGUCCCGAGCGCUUGGUAAGAAUCACAUUCGUAAUCUGUUCGAGGAUCAGAGACGGUAUCUAGAUUAUUUCUUUGAUAAGUUGAAUUUCUCCCAGGUACAGGCAUUCACUCAGCUCUGUGUGAACGUCACGGGGACUAUAUUUUUCUCCGGCGUCGGCAAGAGUGGCCUGAUUGCGCAGAAAAUUUCCCAGACCCUGGUGUCAACUGGGACCAAAUCCGCAUUUUUGUCUCCUACUGAUGCACUCCAUGGAGACAUCGGUAUUGUAGGGGCUCAGGACAUCUUGGUCCUGUUGAGUAAGAGCGGUGCUACUGAGGAGUUGUUAAGACUGGUCCCUUGUGCGAGGGCCAAGGGGGCCUACUUGGUGGCCGUUACUUCCAUGAAGAGCUGCAGCUUGGUUAACCUGUGUGAUAUGCACGUGUACUUGCCUCUAGAGAGAGAGCUCUGCCCUUUCAAUUUGGCUCCGGUUACGUCUACGUCCAUACAAAUGCUGUUUGGAGACACAGUUGCCGUCGCCAUCAUGCAGGCCAAGAACUUGACCAAAGAGGAGUACGCAUCAAAUCAUCCGGCAGGCCGAAUUGGCAAGCGCCUUAUAUUCAAAGUGGAAGAUGUUAUGAAGAGGGGUGAAGAAUUACCGCUGUGUAGAGAGGAUGAUUUGAUCAUGGAGCAACUUGUAGAGCUCAGCGUCAAAAGUUGUGGCUGCCUUAUUGUGGUAGAUGACCAGAAACAUCUUUUGGGUACUUUCACUGACGGCGAUCUUAGGCGAUCACUGAAAGCUCAUGGAGAAAAAAUCUUCUCUCUCACUGUGGGAGAGAUGUGCCACAGGUCACCUCGAUUUAUAUCUGCCGAUGCAAGGGCAGUGGAAGCAAUGCAAAAAAUGGAGGAUCCUCCUUCGCCUAUAACAUUCUUGCCUGUGGUAGAUGAAAAUAACGUAGUGAUCGGACUCGUUACUCUUCAUGGAUUAGUUUCGGUAGGGCUCUAAUUCUAAGCUUAGUUUGGAUUCCAUGUAAAUAGUCGAUCACUUAUUUGAUAUAGAGACAUAGUAUGAUGUUGCACGAACCCUGUCAUGGGUGAGUACCGGCAGAUCAAGCAUUUCUAAUUAGGGCCAUCAAGAGAAGUAAUUCCAGAGUCUAAAUUGCUGUGACGAAGGCAAUUUAGAAAAUGUAUGCGAGAAAGUCCCUUCGUCAAAAGGGCAAAGCACUGGCCCUGUGGUCCGUACAUGGUCUAAAGCCUUCAACCUAAGAAGCUACCUUGCAGAGGACUCCAAAGCAGCUUCGGUGUUCAGAGGUUUCUCAUCACAGAAAAGAUUCAACUUAUUUUGCUUAGUACCACGGUCAGUUUAGUUAUUGUUAUGGAAAGUACGCAAACUCGUGCAUCUUUGUAUGACCGUCCGUGACAGCUUCAGAAUGGGAUUCAGAAUGGUUUUUUUCUUGUGAAUAAUGAAGUUUCAUUUUGUUUUGUUC